ACACUUUUCCCCACAUUGCUUUUGAAUCCUCACAUAUUCAAUUCUAUUCCAUUCCUUCAACCUCUCUCUCACCUUUCUGCCACACUUCAUUCAUUUUACCAUGGUUUCUGAGACAGUGCAAAGCCAAUCCAAGAACGUGUGUGUGAUUGGAGCAGGACCAUCGGGGCUGGUGGCAGCCAGAGAGUUGAGAAAAGAGGGUCACAAGGUGGUUGUGUUGGAGCAGAAUCAUGAUGUUGGAGGACAGUGGCUUUAUGAGCCUAAUGUGGAAGAAGAGGACCCUUUAGGGAGAAAGCCUUUUCUAAAGGUGCAUAGCAGUAUCUAUGAAUCCUUGAGACUUACUUCUCCACGUGAGAUCAUGGGGUUCUCUGAUUUUCCAUUUUUGGUCAAGAAGGGUAGAGACAUGAGAAGGUUCCCUAGCCACACAGAGCUUCUUCUCUACUUAAGGGACUUCUGUCACUACUUUUCCUUGAGAGACCUCAUAAGGUUCAACACCAGGGUGGAUCAUGUGGGAAUGUUGGAUUAUGGUGUCUGUGGUGGUGAUUUGAAAUGGAUUGUUAGAAGCAUGGAUAUCAACACUGAGAAGGUGGUGGAAGAGGUGUUUGAUGCAGUUGUUGUGGCCACAGGUCAUUACUCUCAACCAAGAUUGCCCUCAAUUCAAGGAAUGGAUACAUGGAAAAGGAAACAGAUGCAUAGUCACAUAUACAGGACUCCAGAACCAUUCAAUAAUGAGAUUGUGGUUGUGGUUGGAAAUUCCUUGAGUGGACAAGACAUAUCAAUAGAGCUUGUGGAAGUAGCAAAGGAAGUCCACAUGAGUUCCAGAUCUCUUAACAUCUCUGAAGGUUUAUCUAAAGUCAUAUGCAAACAUGCAAAUUUCCAUCUUCAUCCUCAGAUAGAGAACCUUCAAGAAGAUGGACGGGUGAUCUUUGUGGAUGGUUCUUCCAUUCUUGCAGACUCUAUUUUGUACUGCACAGGGUACUCCUAUGCAUUUCCCUUUCUUGACACCAAAGGAAUGGUGGUUGUGGAUGAUGACAGAGUGGGGCCAUUGUAUGAGCACACUUUUCCCCCAUCACUUGCUCCAUCCCUUUCUUUUAUAGGCAUCCCUAGAAAGAUCAUAGGAUUCCCUUUCUUUGAGUCUCAAGCAAUAUGGAUAGCUCAACUGCUUUCGGGGAAAAAAGUGUUGCCAUCAUGGGAGGAUAUGAUGAAAUCCAUCAAAGAGUUUUACCAUUCAAGAGAAGCUGCAGGCAUUCCCAAACACUGUACUCAUGAAAUUGCAAACUUUGAGUACUGUGACAAAUAUGGGGACAAUGUGGGGUUCCCACAUACAGAAGAAUGGAGGAAAGAACUAUGUAUAUCAGCCAUAAUUAAUGCUGAUGUGAACUUGGAGACUUACAGAGAUUUGUGGAAUGAUCAUGACCUACUCCAGCAGGCCCUUCAAAGUCCUCACUUCACUCAACUUGGACUUCAAGAUUCUCCACUGUAAAGCCAAUAAAUUAAAUAUAAAAAAAAAAUAUCAAUCAAAGAAAAUUUUGCAUGAUUAGCCCUAAAUAAUUUGUUUGUGUAUUUUUUUUUUCUGUUUUUCAAACAUUGGAAAAGACAAACGAGAUUGGGUUUGAUAUAGAGAAGAAGAAUGAUUGUGAAGCUCAAAUUUUGUUUCUAUCUUUGUUGCAAUUUAUUUGUUUUGUGAUUAGGUUCAGGGGAACUCUACAUAACAGAGUUGCGUAAGUGGAGAAUUUCUUGAACAAUUGGAGAAGGAAAACAAUUGUAUACAAUCAACAA